AUGUGCGAAGAUUGGUCCGUGCUGAUUCCGGUAGAAGACCAACUCAAGCCACAUCGGGAUCAGGCUGGUAGCUUCUUGAUCACCAGGACGACUUGUGACAAAACCGAGAUAACUUCUAUAAUGGACAGCCCCACGGACUGUAGCAGUCCAGUGGAACAACAGCCUGAGUCUGAAACAAACCCAAGCAAUAAACCAAGUUUGGCGCAGUUCAAAAAGUCCUGGGGUUUUCGAAGAUCAACCAUUGCUAAAAGAGAGUUCAUGGAGGAGGUGGGUGAUGUAAACACCAGUCCUCCUCUUGUAAGAAAAAGCAGAGGUCGCAGAAGCAAAACAUCAUUACAGACCACACCCUCGGCCCAGGACAAAAAAAAGGCAUCAUGUUCAAGCAAAAUUGAUCUGGAUGAGCUGGAGUGGUCUGCUCCCUCAUCUCCGGCAUCAGAGGAGGGUAAGACCCCCUCUGAACCCUCCACAGGGGCAAGUAUGGACCCCAGCAUGUGGCAGAGUUUUGGUUCUGCUUUCCACACGGCCUUCUCCUUACUUGGUGGUACAGAUGGUUCUCUAUUGGACAUGGGACAGGCGGUAGCAACCCAGAAUCUCAUAGGAUCAGACUGCAUGGUUGAGCAAGACCAGUCCAUUGCUGGUCAAUUUGAUGACGCUGCCGAUGUCGGGAGGGAAGAAAGUGUAACAGACAUGUUGUACGUGCCCGACCCAGAUGUGGUGUGUCGCAUCUGUGAACAAACACAAGAUAACCGAUCUAUGAUUUGCUGCACCAGUUGUCAGGGCUGGUUCCAUGGUGAUUGUGUUGGCGAUAUGAAGACUGAAGGAAAAGAGUAUGUUUGUUUGGUUUGCAUUGAACCAAACCUCCUCCAGGCAGAUCUCUCCAUUCCCCCUGAUCUCGGGAUGAACCCAUUGAAAAGCAUGAUACAGAGUCCACCUGCUGAGGACAAUGAAGAACUAGAGAAUCAACAGACCCAGAACUCUUUGGAGAUGAUGGAGGUGGAGGAGAGCCCUUUAUUACCAGUAUACAAAACAGAACCAGCGCCAACCCCAGUAUCCCAGGCCACUUCCCCGGUCUGUAUUGGACCUGACUGCUUCAAACCUGCAUUGCAGGAGUCUGUUUACUGUGGCAGUGACUGCAUAAUGCAGCACGCCGCUGCCACCAUCAAAAAUUUGUCGGUGCCCAAAUCACCCAAGACCAGAGCACGAGCACAGAGGAAGGCUGCCCCUCCACAACCCCCUGCAAAGUCGCAGAGGGCUAGUCGGGCGUCCAAGAGAUUGGCCAACAGAGAAGUUCCGGAGGAGUCUGUGGAAGAGGAGGAAAAGCCAGAGUCACACUCCAGUCAAACCUGUAACCCCAGUAUCACUGAGGCUCAGGCCACACAGUGUAAUGCCUCCACUGUUGAGGACCUCGGAGUAACAACAGAGGCCAGUGAGGCUGUGACUCAAGCUUCAGCAGAGGCUAUGGCCCCUGUCUCUGUCCCACCUCUCAAGGACAGUACUCCCUCUCUGAGAAAUCUCCCACCUCUCAAAGACAGUACCUCAAUUGCUAAAACCAUCCCACCUCUCAAAGAUUUUACCCCCACUCUGAGAAAUCUCCCACCUCUCAAAGACAGUACCUCAACUGCUAAAACCAUCCCACCUCUCAAAGACUUUACACCCAUUUCGAAAAAUGUCCCACAGCCUAAAGAAGAUUCCCUCAAGUCAAAACCCGUCCCUGAACCAACACAACCUCCACCGGAAAAGGCAAAGGAUUCACCCAGUAAUAAGAAUAUCUCCAAGCUGAGUUCUGCAAAAGUAAAUUCCCCAAAGAUGAGUGAAGCCACCACCCCGACUAAAGCGGCCCACUCACAAGCCGCAACAAAACAGACUAAACCUGCUGAAACCCCUUCUCCCACUCUGCCCGUCAGCAGAAUGCAUCAAACCGGUGCGAUUGUGGUAAAAAAGACUGCUUAUGUUAUACCAAAGAAGGCCCCUCCACCACAGCCUCCAGCCAACCAAGUGCCUGCACCACCAAUCCAAGGGCCAGCCAAGAAGCCAUCCCCUGCUCCCGCAGUGCAAACAGAGACCCGUAAUCUGCCUGUGCCCCCUGCUCCCAGUGCCCCAUCUUCAAGACUGCCAUCUCAACCUAACAACCAAGUCAGGCAAAGUAUCCAGCGCUCCCUAGUUGGCAUCCUGUUUAAGAGAGUGUGUGACAGUGAAGAGUUGGACAUGUCUGAAAAUGAUGUUGGAAAACUCGUCACUAAUAUUGAGACAGAGAUGUUCAACAUUUUCCGCAAUACAGACAGCAAAUAUAUGAACAAGUAUCGCACUAUAAUGUUCAACUUGAAAGAUCCAAAGAAUAAGGGUUUGUUGUAUCGGUUGGUGCAAGGAGAAAUCAGCCCCUUCAGACUUGUCAGAAUGAGUCAAAAAGAUAUGCAGGCGAUACAGCUACCAGAGCCCACUGUCAAAGAGGUGAAGGCCGCACCAUGUGGGGCUGGUUCACUGCAGAAGCCUGAACCAGUUAAGCUAGAUUUGCGAAGUUUAAUUCAGACCAGAUCUGAUAGGACCAAGAAUGUGCCUCAACAGGCACUUAGGAAAACUGAGCCUAUUGUGAAGUCAAAGACCACCACCCAGUCCAGUAAGGCAAUAGGCACUGCGGCUGAUAUUCUCACCUGUAUGCUCAAAGACACAACAUCAGACCACCAUAAGCACCUAUUUGAUGUCAAAUGCAAAAUCUGCACAGGUCAAAUGCCUCAAGAAGAUGUGGCAGAGCCUGUACAGAAGAAACUGAAGCUUUCUGAGGACAAACGUGAACCAUUAUGGAAAAGGUCUAAGGAAGACUCUCCUCUACGAGCCCCUCCCGACUCUCCGGACAUGGAUUCAUUUAUGCCUCAUAUGGGCUCUCCAGUCCUGACCAUUGUGGAGUCGCCUGUGUCACCCACCACCCAGGACUCCCCCGCGUCACCCAUCCUGGAUACACCCGCUUCCCCUGUUAUGGAGUCCCCCGCAUCCCCAACCUCUGACGAUCGACAUUUGGCAGCAAGGAAAUCCUACGCACCAGUGGUCAUUCCAGCUGUCUCCACAGUAACCAUAACAAGACGUGAUCCUCGUACUGCAGCCAGUAGAUACGCUGCUUUGACAAAUAGUUCAGCUACUUUGGGUGAAAAAGAAACUCAGAAAACAGACUCCUACUUUCCUUCGAAAGGCAAUAGCUCUGCUCCACCUGUGCCCUUCCCCACUGCCCCGGCAUUACCUAAAUCUAUCCUGACGAAACCAUCACAUUCAGGGGAUCCGAGACUUUAUGGCUCUUCCUCAAGAAUGUCUUCUCCCAAAGUUCUUCCUCAGGGUGGAACUGUACAGUUUCUUGCAAAGCAGGACAUUCUCUGGAAAGGAUUUCUAAACAUGCUGACCAUUGCCAAGUUUGUCACAAAAGGAUACCUGGUUUCAGGUUCAUCUGAACAUCUAAAAACGGAUCUUCCAGAUACAAUUCAGAUUGGAGGACGGAUUUUACCAAAAACUGUUUGGGACUAUGUUGCAAAACUGAAAACCUCAGUUACAAAGGACCUUUGUGUCAUCAGAUUUCAACCUGCCACUGAUGAGGAAGAAGUUGCCUAUGUGUCACUGUUCUCAUACUUUAGCAGCAGAGGACGCUUUGGAGUUGUAGCAAACAGCAGCCAUUCGAUAAAGGAUAUGUACUUGUUUCCAUUGAGUGCAAAAGAAGCUGUUCCUGCCAUUCUUCAACCACUUGAAGGACCAGGGUUUGAAAAGGGCCGUCCUAAUCUUCUUCUGGGCCUAGCAGUUGUCCAAAAAACAAAACGUCCUGGAUGUCAGGCUCCAGAACAUCACACCUCCAAGUUCACCUCCAAGACCAACUUUCAGCUCUGCCUCUUCCUUUACAACGGCACCUGCUGA